AUGUAUAACUGUUAUUUACGUUUAUGUGGUGCUCAGAUUGGUAAAAAUGUUCGUAUUUAUACAACAUUGAUUGAUGCACCUGAUUUAUUAAACAUAAAUGAUUCAACAUUUAUUUCUUCCGAUGUUGUUUUGAAUGGUUUAUCUUAUCAAGAUACAACAUAUGAAUUGAAUUCGGUUCAUAUUGGUUCAAAUUGUUCUGUUGGUGAUUGCAGUGUUUUAUACAACGGUGUUUCUAUUCAAGAUAAUGUUUAUGUUAAAUCAAUGUCAAGUGUUAACGGUUAUAUUCCAUCGAAUACGCUAAGUCAUGGUCAACAAAUUUGUUUAAACGAACAAUUAUCAUCCUCUGUUGAUCAAACAAAUCUUAUGUUUCAACAACAAGUAUAUCAAUUUGUAUGUAUAUUACUAAUUGUAUGUUUAAAUAGUGUGUCAGUUAUCAUUACAUAUUUAAUUUAUUGCCAAUUCUUGUGUAAGAUAUAUGUUUGGAUUAGUCUUCCAGUAUGCUGGAUGAUAUGGUCAUUUUUAUGUAUACUUUUUGUCUUAAUCGUACUGAAAUUUGUCAUCGGUCAUGUUCCACCAGGUAGUUAUCCAUUAAAUUCGUGGUAUUAUAUACAUAAAAUAUGGUUUAGACGAUUAAUUGUCUCAAGUUUCAGUUAUUCAUUUGCAAUAUUAGAAGGAUUUCAUUCUUUCAAUUGUGCUAUUCUUCGGUGGUUAGGUGCUAAAAUAGAAGAAGGAAAUAAUAUAAUGAUUGGCCGAUUUAUUUAUUCUUUACAUUGUCCAUCAAACUUGUUAACCAUUAAAGACGGAAUAUCAGCAUUUGAUGAAGUUCGAUUCAUCGCAAGUGACAUUCUUAAUGGAAAAUGUGUUGUAAAUAGGAUUACAAUUAACAAGGAUGCUCAGUUAGGAAAUUAUUGUUUGAUACAUUCUGGUUCUAAUGUACCAGCUCAUUCUGUGAUUGCCACUAUGACACGUUUUACAUCGGAGACAGUAUGUAAGGAUGGAGAUAUUCUAUUAGGUUUACCUGCUCGUGUUAUGCCAUUUGUGUCACCACCUGUUGACCAGAUGAAAAUCAACGUUAAUGGAGAAAUUUUCACUUUUUUUUUAACACAGUUAGUUGCCAAGUUUACAUUUGUUUUAUUUGGAUUAUUUUGUAUGUAUUUUGUUAGUAAUAUCUUUAUAUUGAUUCUAUUAUUUAUAAUUUUAUAUUCAAUUUUAUUAUGUUUAUGUGACCGUCUUUGUACGGCUCAAAUGAGUAAACCUGGCACAUAUUCAUUUGACAAUAUUGUAGGCUGGAAACGUCGUAUUGUAGUUCGCAUGUUUAGAGAUUACAUGGUGCUCAUUGGCCAGUUCAUAGGUGGUACACAAUGGUUAAUCUAUUUCUUCCGUGCUCUAGGUUCUAAGAUUGGUCAUGAUGUUCUUAUAUCAGAUAUUGGAAAUUUAGCUGAUCAUCGUUUUAUUACAAUAGAUAAUCAUGUUAGAAUUAAGUCCCCUGCUUUUUCUAUUCAGGUAUGUGGAAAUUUUAUGAAAGUCCUGCGUAAAUGUAUGUAG